GGGGCCCUGGAGAAUUACUUCCUGUUCGAGCACCCGCAUGUCCACAAGAGAUCGGCAGACCCCGCACACGCGCACCACGGGAAACUCCAUGCAGACCCUAAGGCGUUCGGAUGCUGGACGGCACCGUGAACGACGCGGUGGAGGCGCGCGCCAUCUCGCUCAACCCUUCGCACAUCGACAUCUACUCGGCGUCGUGGGGGCCCGAGGACGACGGCAAGACGGUGGACGGGCCCGGACCCCUGGCCAAGAGGGCCUUCAUCAACGGCGUCAUCAAGGGUCGACAUGGCAAGGGGUCCAUCUUCGUGUGGGCUUCGGGCAACGGCGGGAGGCACACGGACAACUGCAACUGCGACGGAUACACCAAUUCCAUUUUCACGCUGUCCAUUUCCUCCGCGUCGCAAAGAGGGUACAAGCCAUGGUACCUUGAGGAAUGUUCUUCAACUUUGGCCACAACGUAUAGUUCUGGCACCCCAGGCCUUGACCGCAGCGUUGCCACAGUCGACAUGGAUGGCAACCUGAGAUCGGACCACAUUUGCACGGUGGAGCACACAGGCACAAGUGCCUCAGCCCCCCUCGCAGCUGGAGUGUGCGCCCUAGGUCUCGAAGCCAAUCCUGACCUGACCUGGCGUGACAUGCAACACCUGGUAGUCAUGUCAUCCCGCUAUGAACCACUCAGUCAAGAAGAUGGCUGGUUUGUAAACGGCGUUGGGCGCAGAGUGAGUCACAAAUUCGGCUAUGGUUUGAUGGAUGCCGGCAAACUGGUGGAGCUAGCAGAAAAAUGGACGACAGUUCCCCCUCAGCAUGUGUGUCAGAGCGUGAAGGAUAGGACUAAGCAGACAAUACCAACUAUUACGGGAGAGUCUGUGGUUGCUGAAAUCACUACAGAUGGAUGUGCUGGAACUUCAGCUGAAGUGCGGUACUUGGAGCAUGUGCAAGCAAGAGUCUCCUUGCGGUUCUUGCCCAGAGGAAAUAUCAAUAUUAGGCUUGUUUCUCCCUCAGGGACAACAUCCACACUUCUCUUUGAGAGACCUCGAGAUGUGUACUCAGAGAAGUUUGAUGACUGGCCCUUCUUGUCUGUCCACUUCUGGGGAGAGAAAGCAGCUGGAACUUGGAGGCUUAUUGUGACCAAUGCUGGGACAAGACAGGUUCAUCACCCAGGUGUCUUGACUCAAUGGCAGCUCAUCCUUCAUGGCACGAGGGAGCCACCUGGCCGCCUUCGCUCCGAGCAACCCCAGGGGUCAGAUUCCUUUUCCUUCCCCCAGGCCCGUCCCACCCAGUCCUCCUCAGCACCCCUCUUCCCCUCUCGAAGACCCUCUCACAGUCCUUUGACCAUCAGUAUUUUAGACCAGAUCCUCGCAGGGUCAACCCCAGAUGCCACAUAUGCCACAGCUGAUGGGAAAAUUAUACCUGGGCCAAACCACGUGCCUGCAGCCGAGAAUAGCGACAAUGUGGAUAAUAAGUUUUUCGAGUCAGAGGUGUGCCACAGCCAGUGUCUUGGGGGCUGCUCUGGGCCAGGACCUGAUAAGUGUAAAGCCUGUCAUCAUUAUAGUCUUGAAGGUGAAUGUGUAGGGAGUUGUCCUGAAGGAACCUAUGGGUCAGAGGACAGGGAGUGUCUGGGUUGCGAUUCAUCCUGUGCUCUGUGCAGUGGGCCAGCUCAAAACCAGUGCGUAGCUUGUCAUCCUAGUAUGCUAUAUGUUCUCCAUCUUGGGAUCUGUGUUGAAACUUGCCCAGAGGGAUACUAUCCAGUGAAUGGAACAUGUGUAAACUGUGGAGGUCAUUGCACAGAGUGUACUGGUCUAGGACAGUGUAACAGAUGUAGUCAUAAUCUCUUGCUUAGCAAUGGGACCUGCACAACAAGAUGUCCUGAUGGUUACUUUGAGACCGACAAUAAUUCAUGUGGAUCUUGUUAUCCACAGUGUCUGACUUGUGUUGGAGGUACCAAUGCAGAUUGCGCUGCCUGUAGACCUAACUCUUUCCUUCAUCGUGGGAAGUGCGUCUAUCGUUGUCCUAAAGGAACAUACGGUGAUGUAGCAACACAAGAAUGCCUGCCAUGCCCCUCUGGCUGUGCCAGUUGUACCAGCGACUCCUGCACCUCUUGCAUUGAGGGCUGGAGGACCAAGUCUGGUCGUUGUGUUGCUCGAUCCAACCAUUGUCACCUCAAUGAGUAUGCCAGCCCAUCUGGUGCAUGUGAGGCAUGCCAUUCAUCAUGCCUGGCCUGCAUUGGCACCAGGGAGGACCAGUGCCUACAUUGCGCACAACAACGGUUCCUGAUGAAUUCCCAGUGUGUCCAGACCUGUCCCAGCGGUUUCUUUGCCCAGCGUGGCCGGUGUUUGCCCUGUGCUCACGGCUGUGAGACCUGUUCCUCAUAUUCGUCAUGCUCCUCAUGUUCACCACGGUUCUACCUGCAUGUGGAUCAGUGUGCUGCC